UAGGUGACGGCAUCAGUGUUUGCUGAAGGCUACCAGGGUUACAGCGGACCUCUGCGCAGGGCGUUUUGUUGACGCACCUGACACGGAAGAAGCAACACAAAAAAUUACGGUUCCUUCAGCACCUGUCAUCAUGUCUGAGAGUGAGAAUGAAGAGGCUUUGGCUUUGGAGCUUACAUGUCCCAUUUGCCUGCAACUAUUCUCUGACCCAGUUUCUCUUCCUUGCGGUCAUUUCUACUGUUUUGCCUGUCUUGAGACCAUGGCAGAAGGCCUUGACCAUCACAACUGCCCCGAGUGUCAUUCUGAGUACCAGGGAUCCGAUGCCCUCGUGAAGAACUUCAAAAUGCGUAGUAUUGUAGAAACCUACAAAGCCACUGCUGGGAAAGUCCUCCCCCCUGGAAACCCUGCUGAUGGCAGCUAUGUAACAGUCGAGAGCGAUCAUAGCUCUAUGACAGAGGAAUCUGAAGCCAAAUAUCACCAAGUGCAAGAAAAAGCUGGAGAGCUCCAAGAGGAGAGCGAAGAAUGCAAAGCAAAGGAUGGGUUUCGAAUUGGGUCUGGAUCCACAGAGCAUCCCUUUUCAAUGGAUCAGGAAAAAGGUGGUGGCAGAGGCAAAAUGGAACUGGAUGAACCAAAGUUUAAACUGGCGUCGCAAGUAACUGAGCUGAACGUCAAGUUAGAGAUGGCAGAGGGUAUCCUUAAGAAAGAAAAGGAGUUGGAGUUAGAGGUGACCACUGCUAGUGGUCGGCUGAGAGAGAAAGCAUCCGGCCUGUUAGAGAAGAUAAAGGAGCUGUCGCAGAACUACAUCGAGGGAGUGACACAGAUGAUUGAAGAACAGUUAGGUCUACCUGAGGCCAUCAUAUGCUCUCGGGUCAGUCAGGCCUCUGAGCUGACCGAGCAGCUGAGGCAGGCUUUGCAAACAGCUGAAUCCCUUUUGAAAGAAGACGAUGGGGCAACAUUUAGUGAAGAGCUCCAACGUUUGCAACCACAAAUUGCAGAUUUGAUUUCAAAACAAGUGGGAGAAGAGGAAGAGCUUGUUAAGGUAAAAGUCAACCUUGCACAGGCUUGUCCCAAGGUGGAAGACAUGAAUGCUGAGCUGAGGGAAAGACUCGGAGAGAUUCAGCGCUCUCUUCGAAACACCCUCAACCCUUCUGAGAUCACCUUUGAUCCAGAAACAGUCCACCCUAACCUUGUUCUCUCAGAGGACUUGAAAACGGCCACAUUUAGUGCUGCCAAACAGAACUACCCGUCCUCUCCUAAGAGGUUCGCCAGCUUCUUCCAGGUCCUCAGCAACCAAAGCUUCUCUGAAGGUGAUCAUUGCUGGGAGGUGGAGCUGGAGGGGUCACCUUGGAUCAUUGGCGUGUGCUACAGUGGGAAACUAGAACGCAGCGGGGUGCCAUCUGCUCUGGAAAGCAGUCGAAGCUCUUGGUGUCUGAUGUGGUUCAACAACCUUCUGACUGCCUUCGAGCAAAGUCACAGUGUGCCUUUGAAGAGGACCACAGUGUCACGCAGACUUGAGAUCAAGCUGAGCUUCAAGACCCACAGGCUGAGCUUCUACAAUGUUAGCCCUACCAGUGGAAAGACUCACAUUUAUACAUUUAAAGCUAACUUAACUGAACCAGUGCACCUGGCCUACAGGAUGAUGUCAGGUCACCCAAAAGGCCGUGUCACAAUUUAUUCAUAAUUGUAACCACAAUUUAACAAACUGUGCAUAGAAAAAAAUAGUAAAUAAUUUAAGUUAAGACUUGUACAAUAAAACAGUUUUGCCUUGUACUAGAGGCUUUACAUAAUGACGGAGGGAUGCUUCUCAAUUUGGCAUCAACAUAAAGUUGUUAAUACGAGUGAAAUACUUGCUGAAUGACUGAAAGACUAGCGCAGACAUGCAGAGUUCAGAGGGGAAUGUGGAUAAAUAUAUUUUUUAUUACUCCAGCAUAAUGCACUCCUAAUAUAAUGUAAACAAGGAAGAACACUUUAAAAUAAAGAUGUACUUUUAAAGAUGUUUUUCUACUUUAACUGAUAAAUAAACUCCUUACAAAAUCCCCAGGGCCUCUGU